CCAAAAACUCUUUUUUUUUCCUCUUUUUAUACAUAGUAUACCCUCUUUUUUUUUUUAAAGGAAAAAAAAGCUACUUUUUCAUUUCUCUAUUAUAUAUAUCGCAUCCAUCUUCAUUCGCACCAACUAUGACUUACUCCAAUCUUAACAUGAAUGAUAUUAAUGAUCUUUUGUUCCCACAAAACGAUAUUAUUAAUCACAACAAAAACUCCAAAGCUGAUGAAUUCAAUUUCACACAAGUCUGGGGAGAAAUAGAUGGUGAGUACAAUCAAGUUUCUGAAUUUGUAGAAGCGUGUAAACUGAUCGUCUCAAUGAAUGCUAUAGCUGCAUCUAUUGCUCUUAACGAACAAAACAUUUCUUCUUCUUCUUCAAUCGAAGAAAAUUCUUUAGCUGCAUUUAUUGGUGAUAUCACCCCCGCUGCUGCUGCCGUAGCUGUUGCUGCUGCUGCUGUUGGGGAAUCACCCAUGAUGGAUACCCCAUUUUUAGAUUCUUGUAUGGGCACACCAUUUACGCCUGCGUCGGUGUUUACGCCUAGCUUGGCUCAAUUCCAUCAUUCCCCUUAUUAUUCACCUUACAUGGAUAACUCCUUUAAUAUCACAGAUUGCAUGCAAGACGAUAUUCAAGUGUCUAGCUAUAUUAAAUCAUCCAAUCUAUCAUGGCAAACUCCCGCUGCUGUUACCGCCGAUUUAUUCGCAAACACCAUCUCAUCUACCGAUGUCUCACCAGAGUUACUAAAUUCUCUUGAUACCUUUAAUGGUGACCCUACACAACUAUUAUUAGCCUCUAUGGAUAAUAAUAAUAAUAAUGACAACAACAUUAGCAACAAUAACAACAACAACAAUACGAUCACAGACGAUUCUGAGGAUCCUCUUUUCCCUCCUUUACCUACUGACCAACUUACCUAUGAACCCACUAUGAUCCAUAACGACACAAAUCAUGAAUUAUUUACAACAGAAGACUUUGAAGCCAAUAACUUUUUAAACGAUUGUUUCGAUGAUACCUUCUUCCCUAUGCAACCUCAAGAACAAGCCAUGCCUGAACCAGUGCAAGAAAUCAAGCCCGUGGUGACCAAGACAAACAAUAAACGCAAGAAUGACGGUGACUGCAGCAAGAAGAACAAACGAUUCAAGGCCACCAACAAUGAAGAACAACGCAAAUUCGAAUGUGAUAUCUGCCAUGCGGUGUUUAACCGUCGUUAUAAUUUGGGUACACAUAUCAAAGUGCAUAGCCCUACCCGAGUGAAGGACUUUGAUUGCCACUUAUGUAAAAAAGCAUUUGAUCGUAAACAUGAUUUAACCAGACAUGUAGCUACCGUGCAUAAUGGGGAACGUGCUUACAGCUGUACACAAUGUACCUCUACCUUCAGCAGAAAAGACGCUCUCGUAAGACAUCAAGUCCAAAAACAUCAACCCAAACCUUGAAUUUUCAAGUUUGUUUUAUGUCCAAAAUCCAUGUAAAUUAUAUAUCCCCCCCCCCCUUCAUAGUUAAUUUUUUUUUUUCCCUCAAACAACACACACACAAAGAAAAUUACAUGUAAUAAAUUAUUUCUUUAUAUCAGCUUUUCUGAUACAACAACAUACAAA